AUGUUAAUAAAGGAAUAUAAAAAGCCCAAUUGGAUGGUCACAGUGGAACUGUCUACUCAGUAUGCUUCUCUCCUGAUGGUAAUACCUUAGCAUCUGGUAGUGCAGAUAAGUCCAUCCGUUUAUGGGAUGUUAAGAUUGGAUACUAAAAAAUGAUAUUGUAUGGUCAUAAUAGUUUUAUCCAAUCAGUAUGUUUCUCGCCUGAUGGAAAUACAAUAGCAUCUGGUAGUGAUGAUAACUCUAUUCGCUUAUGGAAUGUUAAGACGGAUAAUAAAAAGCCAUAUUGGAUGGACAUAGUGAUUCUGUAAAAUCAGUCUGCUUUACUCCUUAUGGCACUACAUUAUUAUCUGGUAGUAGAGAUGAAUCUAUCCGUUUAUGGGAUGUUUAGAUAUAAAAAUAAAUUUAAAAUUAAGAUGAAAAAUAUAAAGACAUUUCAAAGCAAUUUUAAACUCCACAAUUUAAACUAGAUUAACCAUCAUAAGGUAGUAUUUAUUUUUAUUUAGAUAAUUCUUAUAUUCCAGCUCGUGUUAUUGCAACAUAUCCAUAUUUAUUAGCAAAUGGAGCUUUAAUACUGUAAGGAGAAUUUGUAACAACUUUGGGAGAAGAUCUGCGUUCACUAUUUAAAGAAAGAGGAUGUUGUUUUUUGGAAAACAAAAUACUAACUUAGAAAAUGA